ACAUGCUUUCUUUUUUAUUUUGUUAUCAAAGGUCAGCAGAUUGAUGGCCCACAAAAUGGCCCUGCUCCACAACCAUGGGAUAUUCUUGCUCAGCCAAGUCAGCUAUUUACACCCCAAGAGGCGCGUAUUGAAGUUCCACACACAGCUUCUGUUAAGGUAUCAUAGUGACUGUAUACAAUGUACAGUCAACCUUCUAUUUCAGAUUUGGAAGAUGAACUAGUUUGGUUUGACUCAACAGAGAGGAGAACUGUGACGUAACGUUACCAUGGUAGCAAAAUUGGAUUGACUCAAUUGCAGAGUAGAAAGCAAAGUGUGUGUUUGUGUGUGCGUUUUUUAAUGGAUCGCUUUAAGUCUGAAGAAAGAAGACAUCCUAAAGUUUGCGCACACAGACCACAUUUACACGGGUCCGGGCAAAUUUUUGAAUGGACAAGAACUUACACGGAUCCACUUUUCGUCUACAGUACGGAACCCGCGGAACCGUGCAAGUUUUUUGAACGGCGACGUUUCUGGGAAACUCCCACCUAGCCCCUCCCUAAGUCAACAUCAACACUUACUUCUCACUUGGGGGAAAAUGUUGCCAUAGGGGAGGGGUAAGUGGGCAGUUUCCCAGAAACGUCUUAUGAUCCUAAACAGUACUGCAAUCUGUAACAGAAUUUGGACGGUUCCGUGUUGACUGGUUGCUCAGGUAAAAACGUCGUCCGUUCAAAAAUUUGCCCAGAUCCGUGUAAAAACCCCAGCAUUCCCGAGAGAUAUGCCUCAGUCUAUAAUAUUAUCGCUAAUGGUAGUUUGCAAUUUUCUCCUGAAAGUAGGAAAUGUUGACUACAUUUUUGAGUCUAACAUUUCUUUACUUUUUCUUUUUUUUCUUCUCUUUUUUUGUCAGCCAUACCAUGAGUGUAUGGCUAUAGGUUACAAGCGCUGCUACAAGUGUUACGGUCGAGGAAGGGUAAGGAUCACAGACAGUUUUUCACAUUAGUUGCUUCCGCAAGAAAAACUUGAAAAGAUGAGGUUAUCGUGAGUUUUCCCCUUUGCUUGCUCGUAACAUAUUCUUGCCUGUGCGACAAUCCUGCUAAUAACUGCUUGCAGUCGAUAAAUACAAUCAAUUCUGUUCAUAACAUUACUAUACCUUCGUGUUUUUCUUGACACAAGAAUCAUGAAUUAUGCUGUAAAAUUUUAGCAUAAACGAAAAAAAAAAGAACGAUAUCAUUUGUUGCACAAGGGCGACAGAAAAUAAACACGUGAAAUACGAAAACUGGAAGUCCAAAUUUACUUGAGUGUCAACAGGGUACCCAACAACGAGAUAACUAAAUAGACCUCUUAGGGCCCAUUAUGGUUGCCGGGCUGCAUUUAUUGAAAGGAAAUUUUUUGCAUUAAAAUAAGGAUCACGAUAGUACUAAGUAUUAUCAACCAAAAAGUACGUUGGGAUUGACAUUUACGAAAAAAUGUUUCCCUUACUCAGUUAAAACGCGAUUUUCUGAAUUGGGUCACGUUGUAUUGCAUGUGUCCUGGUGCCGUCAUAAUCAGAACGACUUGACCGGUCACUUAGGAAUCACAAUUCGAAUUUUGUUAAAUAUGGAUGAGAUCGAGUGUUUGCCUAUAUCUUAUAGGUUCGUUGCACGUGGUGUCACGGUUCAGGUCACCGCACGGAAUACAGGGACGGUCAUCAUCAUCGCACGUGUUGCACGUGGUGUCACGGAUCAGGAAGAAGAACGUAAGUACCAUGAGCUAACCACCUACAGUUGAUCCUCACUACAAUGGUCACCUUGGGGACAGAAGAAACCCGGGGGGGGGGGGUACUCCCUUACAAGAGGCUAAUAGGGAUGUGUCGCUGGAUGGGGUCGCAUUUUCACAACUGGAGUGACUAUUAUGGGGUCACAUUUUCAAUAGAUUUACUAGAAUGGGGUCGCAAAUUUUCGGAUUUUUGGGGUGAGUAAGGAUUCAAAAUGGGAAGAUUCUCGGUUAAAAAAUCAGAAAGUUGUUGUUUAUUAAAUGGAACAGUAAGCUCGCAUUGACCGCAUUACAUUCCGCCGCUUGAAACCACAUUGAUGAGGUAGAUGCAUAAAUAGAAAGUGACUAAGUUGGGAUCACGAAAAUUACAUUUUCCAAAAAGUGACUAAGAUGGGGUCUAUAAUUGGCCAAAAAAUAGACUAUAAUGGGGUAGGGGCUCUGAGAGGCCAGCGGCACAUACCCAGCAAACAUUAACCCAAGUAUCCCCCCCCCCCCCCCCGGGAGAAAAAAGUGGCCGGUGUAGAGAGGUGGCCGUAAGCGGAGGUUCGACUGUAAUCCAACACAGUCUUGGAUUGUGGACUUCACGCUGUGGAUUCCGGAUUUGAGGGAUUGAAUUCCGGAUUCUUUUUAGUGGAACUUGGAUUCGGGAUUCCAGUCGUUUGCGGGAUUCCGAUUCCUUGAACUUAAUUCUGGAUUCUUAAGCCCUGGAUGCUGGAUUCCAUAAGCAAAAGUUUCCCGGAUUCUGGAUUCCAAAUAAUUAGUUCAAAAUCACAAAAAUAAAAUAAAAUAACUACAUAAAGGAAAAAAAAGUUCUAUAGAGUGUUUUCACAUGACGUCAAGGCGGCCAUAUUGGUCUCUCAAAACAAUGAAACGGCGGCCAUGUUGGAGUCCCAAACCAGUCCUGUGGGAGUUGAACUCUUUUCUUAUGCAAAGACUUUCUUUUGUUGCAAUAAAUUUGUAUAGAUGCUGGCCACGUGAGUGAAAACACUCUACAUAAACGAGUCGACCUUCGUUAUUCGAUUUUGUUCGAUUUGGUUAAAAGUGGGAAUAACUACCUGAUUUUGACCAUUUGUGUUUGUUUGUUUUGUAGCUGUAAUACUUGUCAUGGCCAUGGUCGGGUGAUGUGUUGGACUUGUCAAGGACAAGGUCACCUAAAGAUGUAUAUUCAACUGACUGUCAAAUGGUAAGUAACGUCUCGUCUUGAUCUUAGCCUCGUACAAAGUAAUCUGGAGAAAUUUGAAAAUACUUUAGUUUACCUUCCGUUUCUGGUUACGUUCCAUACAACACGGCGUGUUCCUCCGCCGAAAUUGGUCUCCAGAGAACACAAAUUUGGAAGCAGUCGGUGAGAUGGCGGGUGUGGACCAUGCUUGUUCCCAGGUUUCUCUCUCUUCCUCCAAAAGAGAGAAUCAUGGGAACUAUGUCAGGUGUGGAUGGCUGACAACAGAACUAACAAUGGGAACGAGACCUUGGGCUCAAGUAAAUGAUUUGCGCAUGCUCUAUUGGCUUCUAAACACUGCGACAGUGUCACGUUUUUAAACUGGGUUAGUGUGAUGCGAAAUCGAUAGCGCGGCCGCAAAAUAUAUCAUUUUUUUUGCGAACCAAGCUAACGAUAGAGGGUGACACUUAACAGUUCCAAGAGCCGAUAAACCUGUGGCCCUCUAUUAGCUUCUAACGAAAUGGUCAGAGGGACACUUUAAAGAUCGAAUUUUCUGCAAUGUUAGUUUUUGAGGAAAGGAUCAAAGCAGAGUAUGCGGAUAAAAAACUUUUCUAGAUCGGAGCAGGGAAGGAGACAAACAGCAAACUCAACCGUUAUAUAGCGUCAAGGAUCUUUAGGUUUCUAUCUACCGUUAGAACUACCUUGUACAGCAUGAUAGGCAAGAGAAUGGGGAAGUGUUACUAUAAGCUUUAGUUUGUUUGAAUGCACACACCUCAGUUAAAACUCUAUCCAAGUGUAACUUAACACGGGAAUUCAUCACUUAAUGGCUGUCAUUUAAAUGAGAGUUUCACCUUAAAAUCUCAUUAAAAUACCCGAAAGGCUGUAAGAAUAGAGAUGAAAGCGAAAACUAGUUCUCUGAGUCAGUACAGUGGAACCUAGAUAUAACGAACCUCUUUUACUCUUUUUGCCAGUCCCUUGACCUUUCGUUAUAUCGAGGUUCCACCGUAUCGAGGUACUUUUUCAUACAUUUUACUAUUAUUUGGGUAAAGAAAAUCGUUCGUUAUACCGAGCACUUCGUUAUAUAGAGGUUCGUUAUAUCAAGGUUCCACUGUAUAACCUCGUUAUAGCGAACACAUUUUGCCAAUCCCUUGGCCGUUCGUUAUAUCGAGGUUCCACUGUAUGUUGCCUCUAUGAUCACGCAAUAUCAUAAACAAAUGGUUAAUAGAGUUUUUGUCUUUUUCAGGGAAUGUCACAUUGACAACCACGUUACAGAGAGAACAGACCUGCCCGAUCAUCUCAUAGUGGGAUCACAAGGAACAGAAAUUUUUACUCAAGAAUUUCCAAAGGGUAACAGCCGAUUUUUGUGUGCUUUUGUGUUCGGAUAGCCUCAGAAGAAUGGCAGUGUUGUAUACCGUUAAAUGUAGUUUAGCGCAUGACCAGGAGCAAGAGUGUUGUCAGCAGCGUUCCGGGCCGUGUAUUGCUUUUAUACCGUUUGGUAGCAUUUGUGUUGGCGUUGGGGCAAUGGGGCGGCCCCUCCCUGGUGAAAAUCUUUCAUCGAUCUUUGAAGAUCCUUUAAGAUCUGCAUGAAAAUCCUUAGUGUAGAUUUUUGAGGAUCUUUAUUAAAAAUCCUCAAAGAUAUUCUAGAUUCUUGCCAAGAUCCUCAAGGUUCUCGUAAAGAUCUUGGAGGAUUCUUAAAGGUCUUUGCAUGUAUUUUGAAGAUCCUUGUAAAAUCCUCAAAGAUCUUGGCAAGAUCCUUGAAUCCUUGAAGAUCCUGUGAAGUUUUCAGUGGUAUCCGAGGACAGCGCAUGCAUUGCUUCCAAAUGUGCUUGCAGGUUUGCUUGAAGGGGCUUUAGUCACCUUCGGGGGCUCGGUUUGGGCAGACCACUUGGGUUUUCUAUCGCCUUGCCAUUAAGGCUGUGAUUUGGGGAAAAUGGUUGUUGUUCCCAGUCCCCUUGGGCACCUAACUUCCACUCGCAACUUGGGCGUGGACCCUCGUUUUCGCUUACUACCACUGAGUAAGAAAGACUGCUUUCCUCUUUUCUGAGCUUGUCAAAAACUUCUUCACUGAUUAGUAAGUGCCAUAUUACUUUUCUUCUCGGUCACUCAGUGAUAUGCUAUCCAUGCUUUGCCAGCCACAGUUAUCCACAAAAGUAUGGCAGGAAAAAAAUUAUGUCGCUCAAGAAUUUUGUAUCAAUGACUGAUCAUUUCAAUUUCAUCCUGCUUGCCGACGUCGUAUUUUUUUUCUUUGUAGGUUUAUCCAAUCACAACGUUCCAUGACCCGGAUGUUAAUCGCGGUUCCCAGGCCCUCGUUGAUGCUCAUUCCCGUAACUGGCCUAAUAAACGAAUCCUUAUGCAGGUCAGUAAGAAAACUGUCAGAAAUGAGAAAUGAGAAGGAAGCUGAGCCGUGUUAGUUUUCUCAAAGAUUUCUAAGACGGUAGUCUUUUGUCUGGUCACGCAACGUUCCCUUCUGGGACGAUUAUUAGGAACAGAGGAAAAAUACGCCAUUAACUGACCCGGCGCUUCCCCAGAGACGAUCUCAGAGGUCUUUGUGAAAAUUAACUCGGCGUAGUUUCUUCUCUUUUUUAAACUGGUGAAUGUCUUUCCAGAUUAUACAGUGGAACUGCUAUUUAACGGCUGCCCUUAUUUAGGGAUGGGAAAACUGUUAGUUCUGUUCAAAGGCAAUCCACUGCUUUUCUUACCAUUAACUUCCUACUACUCUCACGUUUCAAAAUAGCGCGUGACAGGGCGUGGUACUCAGGGGGUGAAGAGAAAACCAUUCUGUGCCGUUACCUAGGCACCAUUACUCGGGCACCAAGUGAGACAUUGUCAUAGUGUGAGCCUAUACCUGUAUGGAUUAAUAAAAAUCAAAUUUAUUUGUUGAUUUAUUUCAGCGUCACACGUUACGAGCUGUGCCAGUAUCUGAAGUGAAGUAUGAGUGGAAAGAUAAAAACACUCGUUUCUGGGUGUACGGCCUGGAUCACAGAGUGCACGCCCCAGACUACCCCCAACAGUGCUGUUGUGGUUGCACUAUAAUCUAG